GAGAGAGAACACGCGCUACUGAGUCAUGAACAAUCUUUAUGUUCUGCAUCCAUUCUAUAUUUCUCUCUAGAAAGGUAGCACUACUUUACAGUCCCACUGGCAAGGUUUGAGGGAGCCUUGUGGUGCAGUUGCAGUCCAACCUCAGGUGGUUUAUUACUACUUGUGAUUAGUUUUAAGACGGUGGGGCUUAAGACAGGACUAAGGGAUCUGCGGUGUGCAGCACUGCGGGGGCGCUAGGCUCCCAGGGCCUGGAACCCGCUCUCCCCAGACCUCUCCCCGCCAGGCAAGAGGGCUCCGAAUGAGGCUGCAGCGCGUACCCCGAGUCCGCCGCGUCUUACGCCGCCAGGUUGCCGUGGGAACCGCAGAGCGCGGCUGCGCCAGCAGACCAGCCAGACUGUGAGGGGGCGAGGGACACUGAGGCCCAGACAUGGAGCUGCCGGAUCCAGUUCGCCAGCGGCUGGGAAACUUCAGCCGAACCGUAUUCAGCGACUCCAGCCGGACCGGGCCGGAGUACAGUGAGGGUCCGGAUAAUGAAAUGGUCUCCAGUUUGGCAUUGCAGAUGUCACUUUACUUUAACACUUACUUUUUCCCACUUUGGUGGGUGAGCUGCAUUAUGAUGCUCCAGAUGAAGUAUUCAGUUUUGCCUGAUUACUACAAAUUCAUUGUGAUCACUGUUAUCAUCCUAAUAACCUUAAUUGAAGCCAUCCGGUUAUACCUGGGUUACAUGGGAAAUCUACAGGAGAAGGUUCCUGAGUUGGCUGGCUUUUGGCUUUUGAGUCUUCUACUGCAGUUGCCUUUAAUUCUUUUCCUGCUCUUUAAUGAAGGCUUAACGAAUCUGCCCUUGGAAAAAGCAAUUCAUAUCAUCUUCACUAUCUUCCUUACUUUCCAAGUUAUUUCAGCAUUUCUUACCUUGAGGAAAAUGGUCAAUCAGUUGGCAGUUCGUUUCCAUCUCCAGGACUUUGAUCGGCUCUCUGCAAACAGAGGAGACAUGAGAAGAAUGAGGUCAUGUAUAGAAGAGAUUUGAAUCAUUGCUAUUAAGUGCAAAUCUAAAAGACGAUUUUAGAUAAUUACAAGCAUUAGGAAAACUCAGAGAUUUAGCAUAAAAAAAAAGGACAGUGCAAGUUUUUUGAGUUGUGUGCUGUCUAGCUCUGAAACCCCCAGACUGGGGCAAUAAGACUUUAAUGUACAGUAUGUGAAAGCGGUAUACUAACCCUAAAACCUAAAUGUUGUCCACCUGCUGCUAAACUUUUUGUUGUUGAUUUUUUCAGGUGUGUAGGUAUCUGUCUAUUGUCGUUGUAGCUUACCAGUUUUACUGUAAUAUUUCUAGUUAGAAUCUAUAACUAGAAAUGUGUAUGUUUCUUUUAAACUUGUCAGUUACCCAUAUCUUGGCUAUAUGUUUGACCAUAUAUCUCUAAACACAUAAAAAUGGUAAUCAGUAUUCUUGCAUAUUAGACUGUACGUAUAAGCCAAGAGACCAAAUCUUCAAGUCUGCAAGGGUUAAAUUAAAUCCUAAUCCUUAUUUUUUUUAGCUUGUUAUAAUGAAGAAGACAGGUGGUUUAUCAUGGUAUUUAGGAAAUAUUUCUGUGAUAAAAUCCUAAUUUUCAUAAACCCAUGUUCAGUAUUUGUGGUGGUGGUAUGUAAAAUGUUUUUACAAUAAAUUAUAAACUAUGCUAAAGUAUAAGCAACAUAUGCUAAAGUAUAAGCAACAAAUCAUUCCUGUCUGUGUAAUUCUUUGGGGCUAUGGUUUUGUUUUGUUUUUGUUUUGUUUUGUUUUGUUCUGUUCUGUUUUGGUUACAGAAUUGCAGGGAAAUUAAGAAAAAAAUAUUAGAGAUCCAUCUAUGUAGCAGAUUCUGUGGUAAACACACUAAAUUAACCCUUGUGAUCUUAUCUGCUAGAUAAUUAUUCAUUGAAGAGCUCCUACAGACCCAAUAAAUUCACAUGAGGCUUGAUUUGAGGAGCUAAGUUGACCAAAGGCUCGUGAUCCUAAAUGAGCUUGUUUCCUUGCAAAUAGAAGAAAGGAAUUUAAAUAGGUUAAGAACAAAGUUGUGUGGUUAUAUCUGAACAUUAUGUUUUAGUGAUUAU